AUGCAGGCUGGGAAGAACCUCUGGAAUUCACCCAUUCCAAGUCAUGCUCUGCAUAGGGUCAGAGUAGAUACCGUCACCCAUAGUUUGCCUCGAGAAAAAACUUUUCCUCAGGUGGAACUACCAGGAAUGAAGGAAAGGCUAGAUAAAUCAGAAACUCCAAUAGCCCGAUUGUGUCCUUUGAUAAAAACUGAAUACACAUUCGAUAACAGUGAGGAUCUAGAUCCUCAAAUGAAUGUUAAGGAAAUUCCCUUCUCAGCCACUGAACUAGCGAAACUGAAAAAAGAUUUUAGCCGCUCUCCAAAGGAAUCAGAGACAGAGUAUGUGUGGAGGGUGAGUCUCACUGGUGGCGACCAGAUUCGGUUAACAGAAAAGGAAGCAGAAGGUUAUUGGGGACCAGGAGUAUUUUUAACUACUGGCAACAGUCGUGCUCCCUGGUCCUUAACACAAAGGGCUGCCUAUUGGGCAGGUGGUCUCAACCCUUUAGAACGGGGAGACCCUCUUGCCAUUACUGGAACAACUGAUCAGUUAGUAGAGAGUGUUCAAAAGGCUGCUUGUCUCCAAAUGAUGUAUGAUAGAAAGCUGCUGCCACACCAUAAAUCACCUAUGAUGAUGCCUGUCGAUCCUGAAAGAAUGACCCCUCUGAUUAGGGGGCUUCCAGAGUCGUUAAAGCCUAUAGGUAUUCAACUGCAAGGAAAAAUACAGGCAAUGCCUCAAGGAGAGCGGGCCCGGGCAGCGAUAGAAGGAACUAUAACCCCCAACAAUCUCCAGACAGCAUACAAAGUGUGGACAUGGGGGGAGGUCGCUCAAGAGUUAAUAAACUACUGCCGAAGGUAUGGUCCUGUGACUACCCUCACCGUUAGACCAGAGACUAAGGGAGUAAGGCGUGCAGUGGUUAAUCCAACCCCUCUCCCUUCCAACCCAGUUCACGACGGAUUUAAAGGGGCUUCAUUUUCAGUAAAGCCAAGUGGGCGAAAUAUAGAUCAUAAACGUAAUUGUCUCUGGAUACUGGGCUGGCAAAAGGGUGUUCCACGAGAUUUGAUGAAUGGAUUACCCACUGUCAAGUUAGAGAAAUUAGUUAACUGGUGGCCAGAACAAAAGAUCCAGAAUCUUGAGGAAAGCAAAACCCCAGGUCCUACAGUCUCUCCCAGGGAACCUGAAUGGCUAUCCAAGCCAUUGGAAAACUGA